UCGAACCUCUUUCGUAUGCCGCCGUGUUAAACAAUGUUGGACACCAUUGUCUUGCAUUUACACGAAGAGAUUUCGUUGGACGGAAAGAAAGGAACGAGUCUGAAGCGACUAUGGGACAUCACUCAGACAUUCUUGAACAACUAUGCCGACCGACUUACCAAUGCCAGCCAGGACAUAGUUCCUAAAGGUUUUAAACCCACCCUUGAUGACCCUUUUAAAGCACGCAUAUGGGAUGCCCUUCGGUGCCAUCCAGAUAUCUUUGUUCAAAUGUCAGACCCGACUGAUUCGUCCAGACAACCGACGCCCAUAAAGCAGGAAGCAGACACGGACAUGGAAGCGGCUGAUGAUUCCUAUAUCGACGACGACGAAGGAGAUGUUAAGGCAGAAAAUAAUAUCAAUUCUCUAACGGCCAACUAUACCGAUCUACCCGAGGCAAAGACUUUAUCGCUCAGCGAAUUAAUACAUCAAUACGGCUCUAGUUUCUCAAUAACAACGUCUAAAGCUAGCCAACUACUUGCGUUGACGGAAGAUCCUCAUUUGAAGGAGGGCGACUCAUCGGUCACUCAACUUGCUUUACAAGUUUUGGAGGAGGCUGGUAGAGGACGGGAACAAGGAACCACGCAAAUUGAUCUAAGUCGUGUUUGCGAACGUGAUGCUAAGACGGUAUUUCAUUUUGUCAAAAGCAUGAUGAACCGUGGAUACCUUUUCAAACGGCCUAUUGUUGUCAGAGGUGCCGCGACACAGCAAGUUAUUCUCACUCGCUAUCGACAUUUGUACAACAAUAGUGAAGACGACGAUGACACUGGAUCGCAUAUUGUACAGGAUCCAUUCGUAGACGGAGAUACCGACGUACCUGUGAAAUUUGACGGAGAGGCUGCGAAGAAGAGAAUUUCGAGAUGUCUAGAAAGUGCUCCUGAUAAGUCUUUGAUCAUUGACGAUUUGAAACCCCUGGUGGUAAGUACAUGGAAUGGAGUGGACUUGUCCGAUGAAAAAAUGAUUUUUUCGGCUAUUGAAAAAAACUAGAUUGUAUAAAGAGAACGAGC